AUGGUCCGCCGCUUCUUCUUCACCCACGAGUACCGCCUUCCCAAGGUCUUCCUCGCGCUCCUCGUCCUGGAAUUCCCUCUCACGAUCGCAUGUCUGGCUCUGUACGGCAUUGCAGACCCAGAUACAUACCGAACGAAGUUAUGGCAGAAUGGCGCGGAUCAAGGCUUCAACAGCUCGCCGAAUGAGAUAAUAUACAGCUAUGCGAACUAUAAGCCGAUUGCUGUGCCGAUGGUUUGGAGUUCUGCACUGGUGCAAUUUAAUAUUGUGAUUGCUGUGCUUUCCAUGUUCUUGCUACUGGUCAAGAGCACCAUGUUCGUCUUGCACUCCUUCUGGCCGAUUCUUGGUGUGCUGGUGAGCAUUCUGGAGGUCGCAUUGUAUGCGGUCAGCAUCAAGCAUCAGUCGACGCCAGACAUGACAGAUCCGGCUCAUCCUUCUCCGGGACUCCCGUGGUACCUCAGCAAAGGCUGCAUGUAUGCUGCGGCAGGCAAUCACGGGUUUUGCAUGCAGGCGAGGGCGGUAUUUGGGGUGACUUGUGCUAUGGUUGCGCUCUUUUCCGUCUAUUUCAUCUGGUCUGUGAUGUCAAUGUGGCCAACACCAUCUGAACGAGCCGAGCGAGAUCAGCAGUACGAGGCCGACAUCGAGAUGAAGAAGGUCAACGAGUACAGCCCUGAUUCUGAGCUCUCGCGAGAAGAAGUCUGGGAGAGAAAUCGACAGAUGUUCUUAAAUUUGCCGAAGACACCGAACACGCCAGGGUUCGGAAGGCAGAAUCCGAUGACGCCGAGGACGGUGGCUUUCACGCAGCUCAAUGGUGGACAGGCGCCUAGUCAAUCGUCGACAGCCGGGCCAAGUGGAGGACUCAAGUUCAGGGACCAGUAUGGUGAAGCAGGAGUACCUGAUGGAAGGUAG